UUAGCAUGAAAUUCCGGACCUAGUAGGUAUAUACCUGCUCUAGGGUCGCCUGGGCAUCAGUCGACAUUCAGCCGUCGUUCGGUACGCACUAAACAAGUAUACGCGUCAAAAAAUUCUUGCCUGUUUGAAAGUGCUGUGAAACGGACGAAACUAUUGCAAUUUGGAUUCUGCAAAAUGGAAUCACUUUCUGAAGAGUCUUCCAAAUCUUCAAGUAUGGAAUUGUCAAGAAAAGAUAUUUUUUUUAUGGUGAAAGACAGUGUAAAAAACGAACAAAAAGACGUUAUUGACGUUUUGAAAGAUGCAAUUUUCAAGAAAACCGAAGAUGUGAUACAAGUAGACGGGGAUGUGAAGUCAUUAGGACUGUUAUUUGCAAAUUUUCGAUCUAGAUGGAAAGCAGCAAAUAGAGGCCAAGAAAAGUUUCUAAAAAAUAAUGAAGAAUGGUUGAAGGGCACCGUACGUUUCUCAAAAUUAUCCAAUACUGAAUGCACAACAUUAACAUCUGAGGAGAUUGUGAAGAAUGAUGAAAAAGAAACACGUGGGCGACCUUCGCAAUCUUUUGCCUUAUCCAGCGAUAGAUCUAAGAGGAGAAAGACUGAAAAAGUACGAUCUAGUUUAUCUACAGAAGAAUUAACGUAUGUCGCUCAAAUGAGUUUGAGGAGUUCUGGUCAAGUGCAUGCUGCUCAAGUUCUUCAAGAUGUCACAUUAACAAGCCCAACAAGAAAUUCAAAAUAUAUAGCUGCUAUUCGGUCACAAAAUGAACCUUCAACCCCCGACGAAGCACUUUCCUUAAUGAUCGAGAAAGGAGAAUCAAAGCGCUCGUAUCAGCUAUCAAGGAAUGCAGCUAGAGCACAUAAAUGCAAAUUAUACCCAUCGUAUCAUGAAGUAGAAAAAACAAAAAAUCGUUGUUAUCCAUCAGUUGUGUACACUAGUGUUAGUGAGUCGUGCGCACAAAUAAAACUACAGGCUUUACUUGAUCACACCACACAUAGAAUUAUGCAACUUCAGGCUGAUGUCAUCGAUACUCUUAAUUCGGAAAUUCUGCAAAAAUUAGUUCUUCACUGUAAAUGGGGGUGUGAUGGAAGCAGCGGUCAAAGUGUUUAUAAGCAAAAAUUUGCUGAGGAUGGAAAAUCUGAUGAAAGCAUUUUUUAUACUUCUCUGGUACCUUUACAAUUAAUCUACAACAAUCACGAAACGGAUGAAGCAACUAUUGUGUGGAAAAAUCCUAGACCUUCAUCUCCUCGAUUCUGCAGACCAAUACGAUUGCAGUUUGUACAUGAAAAUAUACAAUCAACACUGAAAGAAGUUACCGACAUAGAACAGCAGAUUGAGGGUCUUCAACCAUACACUACUGAAAAAAAUGAUAAAUCAAUUUCAGUAACCUAUUGUAUGUUAUUUACGAUGAUCGACGGCAAAGUCUGUAACGCUGGCGCUGUAACCGGUACAACUUCUGCACAACGCUGCUUCCUGUGCAAAGCCACUUCUAAAGAUUUUAAUAACAUCGACAAAAUUAUAAAAAUGGACAUUACUACAGAUAAUUUACGAUUUGGCAUAUCUACAUUGCAUGCGUGGAUUCGUUUUUUCGAGUGCUGUUUGCAUUUGUCAUAUAAGCUCACAACUCAAAAGUGGCAAGCUCGUGAAGAGGAAGUAAAAAAGAUUGUGAAAACACGCAAGGAAGACAUACAGACUCAAUUUAAGAUAAAACUGGGGCUCAUCGUUGAUCGACCAAAGCCAGGAUAUGGCAGCUCAAACGAUGGAAAUACAGCCCGCCAUUUUUUCGAAAAUGCUGCCACAUCUGCUGAAAUCACAGGAGUUGAUGAAAAUAUGAUUCACCGAUUUCAUGUUAUUUUGCAGGUAAUUUCGAGCGGAUAUGAUAUAGACGAAGAAAAAUUCAAAGACUAUUAUGUAAAUACUGCCCGUUUAUUCGUUGCUUUAUAUCCAUGGUAUUACAUGCCAACAUCUGUACAUAAAGUGUUGAUGCACGGAGCAGAAAUUGUAAAAUAUGCCCUUUUACCGAUAGGACAACUUUCUGAAGAGGCCCAAGAGUCACGCAAUAAGGACAUUAAGAACUACAGAUUACUUCAUUCAAGAAAAUGCUCUAGAGAAUCGAAUAUGAGAGACAUUUUCAAUAGGCUUCUCGUAACAUCAGAUCCAUUUCUCUCAAGCAUCAGGAAAUUGCCCCAGAGAGCGGCGAAAUCUCUAUAUAAAGAAGCUAGAGAGAUGUUUAAACAACCUAAAGUCAUCAGACAAGAUUCAAAGAACGAUUCCGAUUUAGAUACGAUGGCGUCCUCGCUGAGCCAAACUACAGAUGGAAGGUGUCGAAUUUGCAAAAAAUGCCCCAGUUCAGUUAUGCGGAGUGUGCCUUCGAUCAAAGGAGUCGCGGACGAGCUGAAGUGUCUCAAACUCGAACUUGUUGAAGGAAUAGUUUUUCAACGCACUCCUAAUCAGCAUAGCAACCUUUUGUCGGACAUGGGGAGUAAUAUUGUUCCUUUCAGAGCAGUUUGUCCGAGAACUACCCUGCCCUACUGUUCCCCCGAACCGAUGUUCAGAACACAGCGCACAGCUUGGCCAAUGCUGGUUGUUGGUGGCAAGUGCAUAGUCAUUCCACUUGUUGUAGGCGAAGAAUGCAUGGGAUUCGUGAUGGGAAUAGCAGUUUCGUUACCUGGUCAGAGGGUAGAAAAAUUAUUUACAGAAAACAGGACGAAAUCGGAGACUGAAGCUUACGGACAAAACAAGAUAUAA